CCUCCACUCGGGCCCCAUUCCCCUCCAAGCUUCAAGAUUAACGAGUGCGGCAAGUACUGCACCCCCCCAGCCGCCAACGGCCCCACCAUUUCGUUCAGCAGCUUCCGCCAGUCCUUCACCUCCAAUGUCAAUUACUUGAAGAGGAGGUUCAGCUCCGGGGACCUGUCCUCGGAGUGCGACGAUGACGUGCACCAUGUGGAUCCUUACAGUAAGGUGCCGCCUGUCACCUCACAACCGCAGGCACCUCCCCCACCACCACCUUCACAGUCCAGUACCAGCAGCGACUUGUCUUUGAACCUCCGACCAGGUUCCAAGACUACCAGCGCUCCUAGUUCUCCAGCCAAGUCUAGAGAAAGCCUCCUCCAGAGAGUCCAGUCUCUGACUGGUCAAGCUAGGGACCAGGGGGCUCACAUAUUAGGUGCUGCAGUCUCCAGUGCCACUCGUGUUACAUCUGCAGUAUCAGGAAGACAUCUCACCCUCCUGGUGAUCGAUGACCAGAACACUGACUGGACGAAGUAUUACCGUGGCAAACGAAUUGGAGACUACGAAAUCAAAGUGGAGCAGGCUGAAUUCAGGGAAAUCACAGUCACAGCCACUGCUGAAGUGGCUAAUGUCUCUAUGGCAGUGUACAGGGGUGGUACCAGGGUCGGAAGAUCGUUUAGACCCGAUUUUAUGUUGGUUAGACAAAACCUAAGAGACGCUGGUGAAGACUACAAGAAACUUAUUUUGGCCAUGAAAUUUGCUGGAAUACCUAGCAUCAACAAUUUGAACUCAAUUUACAACUUUCAGGACAAACCGUGGGUUUUUGGACACUUGAUUCAACUCCAAAGACGAUUGGGCAAAGAGGCGUUUCCAUUAAUUGAACAAACAUUCUACCCUGAUCACAACGAAAUGAUUAGUUCUACCAGAUUUCCUGUUGUUGUGAAAAUCGGGCACGCUCACGGUGGUUUGGGAAAAGUAAAAGUGGAAAAUUUGAUAGAUUUUCAGGAUAUAGCUAGUGUAGUAGCUGUAGCUAACACUUAUUGUACCGUUGAACCGUACAUAGAUUCUAAGUACGACAUCCACGUGCAAAAAAUCGGAACUAACUACAAAGCGUUCAUGAGGAAAUCCAUCUCUGGUUGUUGGAAAACCAACACAGGUUCAGCAAUGCUGGAACAAAUUUCUAUGCCAGAAAGAUACAAAACUUGGAUAGAUGAAGUAUCAGAUCUGUUUGAUGGUCUCGACAUCUGUGCUCUUGAAGUUGUCGUGGGUAAAGACGGAAAAGAAUACAUCAUAGAAGUCAAUGACAGUGCUUUGACACUUCUCGGAGACACCCAAGAAGAGGACAGAAGACACAUCGCUGACUUGGUGGUGUCCAGAAUGCAAGCCAUUUGCAGACCUAGGACUCCUCCGGCUGGCGAAGAACCAGUACCUCCUCCGGUGGGUCCUAGAGGUAUUCUGAGCAGUAUCAGCAGUCUGACCCACUCAGAUACCCCACCUCAAAGUGCUUCUGAUCAUCCGUCGCUAGGCAGUGUUGGCAGAAGAGAUAGUCAAGCUUCUCAAUCCAGCACUAUCAGCAGUGCACCCAGCACUGGUAGACUCCCAGAUCCACCACCCAGACCGUUCCAAAGACAAGGUAGUCAACAGGCAUCCAUCACGGAAGACAGCGAAGAUACCAUGAAGAACUUAAGAAAAACUUUUGCCGGCAUUUUUGGUGACAUGUAAUUCAAAAUUCCAAAAUUUUGUUAGUUUUAUUUUUGUUUAAGUGUAUUACCGAAUAAUGUAAAGUGUUUAGAUUAGAUUUCAGUUGAGUUUUGAGGAGAUGUGCACAAAAAAAUCGAUAAGAGUUAAGGUUGGUUGGUUUCAUAUCCUGGGUAUUAAAAAAAAACUUUUUUUGUAAGAAUAGUCAAACUCCAGUCCAUGUACGCAUACUUUCUCAAGAUAAAUUUUGACUAUAUCUAUUAUAUAUUGGUUAAUUCUGAUAUUUACUCAUAAUAUAUUCUUUCAAAACCUUCGAUUUGGCAAAAUAUAUCUAUCGUUUUUCUAGGUUUCAACCAACUAGAAUAAAAAACAUUAUUCUCUGAUUCUAAAGCCAUUUUAAAUUAUUGUUAUUGCAUAUCAAUUUUAUUAA